AUGAAGAUCCUCCUGCUGCUGGCUGCCCUGGUGGCAGUGGCCACUGCCACCGAGGAUUUUGUUGGGCACCAGGUGCUGCGCAUCGUCCCCAGCAGCGACGCAGAGCUGAGGAGGGUGCAGGAGCUGCAGGACCUGGAGGAGCUGCAGCUGGAUUUCUGGCUGACGCCCCAUGGCACCGGGGACCCGGUUGAUGUCCGUGUGCCCUUCCCCAGCCUGCAGCCCCUCAAAGCCCACCUGGAGGCCAAUGGCAUCCCCUACUCCAUCAUGAUCGAGGACGUGCAGGCACUGGUGGACCGUGAGCAGAUGCAGAUGCUUCGCCGCCGCCGGGUCCUGCCGCUCUCCACCGACGCCUUCGACUACAGCAGCUACCACAACCUGGACGAGAUCUACGCCUUCAUGGACCUGCUGGUGGCUGAAAACCCCAACCUGGUCAGCAAGCUCGAGAUCGGCCGGACGACAGAAAACCGCCCCCUCUAUGUGCUCAAGUUCAGCAAAGGGGGGACGAACCGCCCGGCCAUCUGGAUCGACACCGGCAUCCACUCCCGCGAGUGGGUGACGCACGCCAGUGGCGUCUGGUUCGCCAAGAAGAUUGUCCAAGAUCAGGAGAAAGAUGAAGAUCUGGCCUCCAUCCUGGACCAGAUGGACAUCUUCCUGGAGAUUGUCACCAACCCAGACGGCUUCGUCUUCACCCACACCACGAACCGCAUGUGGCGCAAGACCAGGUCCAAGAGGUCGGGCUCCCUCUGUGUCGGCGUGGACCCCAACCGCAACUGGGAUGCAGGUUUUGGAGGGUCUGGGUCCAGCAGCAACCCCUGCUCAGAGACGUACCGAGGGCCCUACGCUGACUCAGAGCCCGAGGUUGAGGCCAUCGUGAACUUCGUGAAGAACCAUGGGAACAUCAAGGCUUUCAUCUCCAUCCACAGCUAUUCCCAGCUCCUGCUCUACCCCUACGGCUACACCACCACCCCUGUGCCUGACAAGGAGGAACUGCACCAGGUGGCCAAGGAGGCUGUCGCCGCUCUGUCUUCUCUGUACGGCACCCAGUAUAAGUACGGCAGCAUCAUCAGCACCAUCUAUCAAGCGAGCGGAGGAACCAUCGACUGGACGUACAAUCAGGGCAUUAAGUACUCCUUCACCUUCGAGCUGCGGGACACGGGGCGCUACGGGUUCCUGCUGCCCGCCAGCCAGAUCGUGCCGACCGCCCAGGAGACGUGGCUGGCGCUGAAGGUCAUCAUGCGCCACACGCGCGAACACCUCUACUAA